AUGCCAUCGACGAACUUUUACUCCGAAGAGGACGACGACGACGAAAAAGAAGAAGAAGAGUAUCAUUGGGAACCCAAUCGCGACUACGCGUUGGUAUCCUCCUCCUCUUCCUUUUCCCUCAACAACGAGAGGAAAAGAAACGACGAAAAGAGAAGGGAAAGCGCGUUGUUUACGAUUCAAAGGCUCUGUAGAGAGAAAGUUGUUAGCGGGGAAAAAAGAUCAACUGGAAAUUCGAGGAAUAACAACAACAACAACAACUCGCGGAUACGACGACAACAGAAGAACGCGCACGGGCUUCUGCUGAAUACGAAGAACACCGCUCGCGUCAUCAAAGGAGGGAGGAAAGGAAGCGUCGACAGAGAUGCGGCGAAAAGAGGCGUUUUUGAAAACUACCGAUUCGAUUGUGAUGAUGAGGUGGAGGAGGAGGAAGAGGAGGCGUGGGGUGUGUCCGUAGGGAGGAAGAAGAACGAGCGCGACGAGCACUCGGGGGAAAGUUUUUUACUAGGAAAGAGGAGGAUGAAGACGACGAGGAGGACACGUUUGGAUGAGAAUGAUGAUGCGUGCGAGCGCCGCUAUUUGAUCAUCACGGAUGAUGAUGACGACGAUGUGAAUGGAACAGAUACGUGCAAAUGUUCGACGACGCGGAGAAGAGAAAGAAGCGGAUACGAAGAGCAGUUUCGAGUGACGCAUCGUUUGCUUCGCGCGGAUUGCCAUCCGGAAGAUUUGCUCGGGAGCGAUCGCGCGGUUGACGCGCAAAUUGCAAACGCGGUUGGAUGGAUUGAAGAGGAAAAUAGGAAAUGUGAUAGUGGUAGCGAUAAGGGAGUAAUAGCGCAACUCGGUCGAGGAAGCGUUUUGUUUACGUGGCAACAAUACGAGAACAUGCACGUGCGCGCGUCAGAGGGCGGCGACGAGCUGCUCGCAGGAAACAGAUUUUGUUUGGGAGAGAUGGACGAUGAUGAAAACGAAGACGGUGAGAGCGAUAACGAAGCGAACAGAGGCGGCAAUCGAUUUAGUUUGUUAAAUAAAACGAUGAGUUAUUGCGCGUCGUACUGGGACGCGGCGUCGGAAGAGCUCGUCUCGUCGCACGCGCACGCUCUUGGUAGCGAUAGUGCAACUUCUGGAGAAUCAUUCAGAAGUGGAAGUCGUCGUCGUCGCAGAGUGCGCACGCAAACGGCGAGUCCCUGGCCGAAUACGUCUGUCGCGCCGUACGUCGCAGUCGUAGGAGAGAAGAUUUUUCUCCGAAUGUUUGACUACAACAAUAAAAAGGAAGCUAAUUUAUAUCGAAACAAUAAAGUGAUCAAAUCUGUUCGCAUGUACGGGCAGUUUGGCUCCGUGGUCGCGCACCAGAAAGACUUCAUACUCGAAGGGAGUAUUUGUAAAUUUCCGAAAGAUUGUUUCGACGAUCAUCUGCGCUCGAUGGAUUCCUCUUCGAGUGCGCCGAAGAUAUCGAAUUUGUUUUUCCAGCUCGAGUUUGAAGACGAAGACGGUUUACAAUUAUUCUCGGCGCCUAAACCGUGCUUGUUGUGUAUGGAAAAGGAAAGUGCCGAGCAGUUUCAGGCUUUCCUCAUGGAGCCUACGAUGUUCGGAAAGAAAUUCAAGAACAAAAUCGAUCGAUUGUGCUCGAGAUGCAGCUUCGUGAAGGACGUCGGCACGGUGUUCACGUUAUGGCACACUGGACUUUUGUAUGGAGAUCUCGGUGGUCAUCCGCUUUUGGCAGUAGUCACGCAGUGUUCGAGCGACCCGACCUUUGCGCGCAUGUGUCCGACUAUCUUGAUAGAACUGCAGGCGAUUCAAAUAGAUGUCGUGUGCUGGUCUAUGGAAGUGAAAAAAAUCCCGGACGACACCGGCGAAGAGAAAGGACAAGACUCGUAUUUCGGGAAAAAUACGGAAUGGUAUGCGUCUAUAACGAACGUUAUGCUCGUCGAUCCAACGUGGUCGAGUUAUCCCCAACUUUGCGGGAAGAUAUUGUUGAUACCUUUUGUUAUUCCUGUAAAGUUCAUGGGAAACGUCCUCUUCAUAAUUUUCGGCGAACGCUAUGGUUGUGCUUUGGUGCCGCAGCAGUUAUCGGAGCGGAACGAACGAAAAGCUAUUCGUGCUGUGGGUCCAUCGACAGGUGCUUUCAAAGAUGAUAUGGAAGCGUUUGAGCUCUAUCGCGGCUACGUGAAUGCGCUCGUACUCGACAAAUGUCGUUUUAGAUCUUUGAGUAUUUACUUAGUGCUCAACUUGCUGUUUGGCAUGAAGUACGCGUCGCAGUUUUCGAGCGAAAUCGUUUCCCCGAGGGGAAUCUGGGUAAGGAUUGGUGUUCCCAUCGCCUUUAUUAGCGUCAUUUUGGGCGUUCACAUAGUGCACUUGUUCUUUAAACGUGAUAUUUCAAUAUUCGGUUAUUGGAGUGGACGUAAACAGGAUCUUUUUGACCGGUACAAAAGAGCGGGCAUAAUUUCGAUCAUGAUCUUGUCGACAGUGUGUGGCGCGCACGGAUCUAUAAUGCGAUACCAACGCGCUUCGGUUGAAAAGUUUUGCUCUUUGAGACCACCACAAUACGACUACGAUACUAAUGGCAAUGGAGUGUUGCGAUACGACUGUAACGACAUGCUAAGGGUACUGUUCCGGCAAGAGUGCUUACUCUUGUUGUUAUGCUUCUUAGGUUCAUCCAUUCACUCCUCGUACCCCAGACGCGGGUUCAUGUUUCCUGUGUCGGCAUGUAUAUCGGGUUUCUUGGCGUUUUUACCGCCGCAGUUUAGUACUUUUAUGGACCCGCCGGAAGAGGUGAACGUGGAGACCUUAUUCAAUUUGUACGGCAUCGUUGCAAUUCUUUGUAUGAUAAUCUCGAUAAUAACUGCGCUGAACAUACAAGCACACUUCAAGAGGCAAACCUUGGAUUGGUUUCUCGGCAGUUAUUUGUACCAAACGAUGAGGAGCAGAAGAGGAAAAGAAGCUUGA